AUGGUUAUGGGCAACCACUCCUCCGGCAAAUCUACCUUCAUCAACUGGUUCGUUGAUGCCCCUAUACAGAAGGUCGGCGCUGCAUUGGAGACCACCGGCUUCACUAUAGUCACUGCAGGCAGCCAAACUGGACGUGAACUCAAUGGCGAAUCCACCAUGUUGCUCUACCCCCAUCUAAAGUCCCUCAUUGACCGCGAUCCGAGGAUGCUAUCCCAUCUUGUCACUAAAACUGUUCUGCCCAGCGAAUCGUUCUUUGGUAAGGAGGCUGACUUGAUUCUGGUCUUCUUGGACCCACUUGGACAAGCUCUUUGCAAUUUAACAUGUGAAGUGGUCUGUGGUCUCUUCAAGAAGUAUCCGUCUAAGAUGAGGUUUUGUUUGACGAAGGUCGACACGGUUCCAACAGAUGACGAUCUUCUCAAAGUGUCGAAUCAAGUGACGCAAUCGUUGACGUCUCGACUGGGCGUUAUACAUGCAUUCGACUUGUUGCCGAUCUUCAUAGGGGAAGCUAAAACCUCCCGAGUGAACAGAUUGGAAGAAGUGUCUCUUGCUGUUAAGCAAUGUGUAGAAUGGCGUGUCCAAGCCUCUCUCAGUGUAUUACAGUCAGACUGCGUUCUGGUCGAGGCGGCUAUACGUUCGCGACUUGAGCAGGACGAUAUUGCUGGGAAGAAGAAUAGAAAAUUGUCCGAUAAAGUGAACAGGCUGUAUAGAGGAGCUGUCAUAGUCUCGUCAGUGACAGCGUUAGUCUUCGCUCUAGCCAUGCCUGGUAGUCAUCCAGGAUACUCUCUGGUGCCUCGAAGUGUCCUAUUGGAUGGUGUCUGUGCUGGUAUGCUCCUCAUGAGCCUCGUCUUGGCUAUCAUUGCCUCGCUCCUGUGGAGACGCUUCCAAGUAUCGAAUCUGUCUGUUAGAGGGAGGGCGGAGGUUGAGGAGGAGCUGAGGAGAGUGAGCGAAGAUAUCCCACGAAGACAAAGAGAACUGCACGUGCAGUAUCUUGCUUCUGUCGGAUCUUAG